UUAAAGGGAGCCGCGCGGCGGCUGGGAGGCCGAGUCCCGGGUGAGGGGCCGCAGGGAGGAGGCGGGCGGGCAGCUCUCGCGCACGGACGGAUGCGGCUGCCCGCGAAGGGCGCCGACCUGAGCCCCGGCCCCCGCUCCUGCCGUCGCCGCCGCUGCCCCUGCCACCCCGGCGCGGAUGCUGCCGCGGGCUGGCGCCUCCGCACCUCGGGGCUUAUGAGCUGUACCAGGGUUCUAGCCUGCUCUAACCCCGUGAUGGCUGUGGACAUUGAGUGCAGGUACAGCUGCAUGGCCCCCUCCUUGCGCAGAGAGCGGUUUGCCUUCCAGAUCUCUCCGAAGCCAAGCAAACCCCUGAGGCCUUGUAUUCAGCUGAGCGGCAAGAAUGAAGCCAGUGGGACGGUGGCCCCGACCGUCCAGGAGAAGAAGGUGAAGAAGCGGGUGUCCUUUGCAGACAACCAAGGGCUGGCCCUGACAAUGGUGAAAGUGUUCUCCGAGUCUGAUGACCCGUUAGAUAUCCCACUGAACAUCACCGAGCUCCUGGACAGCACUGUGAGGCUGACAACAGCGGAGAGCGAGAGCUUUGUGCUGGAUUUCUCGCAGCCCUCUGCAGACUACCUGGACUUCAGAAAUCGGCUUCGGACCGACCACGUCUGCCUGGAGAACUGCGUCUUGAAGGACAGAGCCGUUGCAGGCACGGUGAAGGUGCAGAACCUCGCAUUCGAGAAGAUGGUGCAAGUCAGAAUGACAUUCGACACCUGGAAAAGCUUCACAGACUUUCCCUGUUGGUACGUGAAGGACACGUACGCAGGUUCAGACAAGGACACGUUCUCCUUUGAGAUCAGCUUGCCUGAAAAAAUUCAGUCUUAUGAGAGGAUGGAGUUUGCCGUGUGCUAUGAGUGCAACGGACAGACGUACUGGGACAGCAAUAAAGGCAAAAACUAUAGGAUCAUCCGGGCAGAGUUGAAAUCCACCCAGGGAACAGCCCAGCCACCAAAUGGACCAGAUUUUGGAAUAGCCUUUGACCAGUUUGGAAGCCCUCGGUGUUCCUAUGGUCUGUUUCCGGAGUGGCCUAGUUAUUUAGGAUACGAGAAGCUCGGGCCCUACUAUUAGUGACGGCCUGGGAUGGAGCCGAGAUGCAUCACCCCAGGAUGGAGAUGGAAGCCCAAAGAAAAGCUGAACUGCCAUCGGGCACAGUUUUCGAAAAGAAAGGAUCCUAGUCACUUUUUUUCUUCAAGCAGCCAAGCCAGCCAGGCUUAGAUCACAGAACUGGGUUCACACUCAGAGGAGAUGGGUGUGCCGGUCUGUUUGGCACCCGCGUGGUGGCAACGAGGGUCUGAGCAGGAUGGUGCUGGAAACGGUCUGGACAGGACCCAGGCCUGCAGGCAGCGCUGGCCAGGCCGGAGGAUGGUGGCUCAGUGACGAGGAGCCCCUCUCCCCUCGGGUGUGGGAAGUCAGUCCCCUGGAAAGCCCCCAGCCCCCUCUUCUUGUGGUCUUCCCCGGCCACCCAGGGCCUCCCCGCCUGUUGCAGCUGCCCCGUGUCUACGUGGGCUUCACACUUUAUCUCUGUGCAUUUGAUUUUCUUCCACAGUUCAUCUGCAGUUCAGGAAAAGAUAAUAAAGGCAGAUCAGCUCAUGACGGAGACAAGCAUUUCCUUUUUCUGACCCCACUUAGAUAUCCCAGCAGAGGACAACACACCAGCUAUGAAAAGUCAACCGGCUCCUGUGCGGUGUCACCACCCAUGGCGGGCUGAUGCCAGGCAGGACAGUCAGGAGUGGGACACUUUUAGCUCCACCUCUUGGCGCUGGGGGGAGCUUUCUAAGCACGCACUCUUACUUACCCUGAGUCACCCGAGGGCUCAAUUACAAGACCUGCUGUAACUUGCCAAGCUGGUUUGCCCGUGUCUCUUUCUUCACAAAAGGAUUUUAGGAUCUCUUUUCCUGGAGAGUCAUCUUUUACCCUGUGCUCAGGACGUUUGGAUUUGCAGAUUAAGUGUAUCCUCGGCACCUUCAGGAAGUGCUUGGUUGUAUCUUGACUGUGAUUUACAACAUCCACGUUGUAAACAGCACCUUACAAGCCCCCACGGACUUUGAUUUGGUUGUUCUUACCUAUGGUGUGUGGGUACGUAAAGGGAUAGGGGAGAAGAACCUCACCGAGUUCUCAGAUGUCGUUUUCGCUGUUUGCCAACUCUGAAAUAUCAGAGAUUAUUUGUUCUUAACCACAUUGGACUAAAGCAUUAAAAGUCUGUUGUUCAUACCGU